AUGUCACCUCGACUUUUAGACAAGCAAUUUGUAUAUCAACUUGAAAGUUUCGCAUUUCAUAAUCCGCCACAAAGUAGCUUAUCAGCGAGGAUUUUCAAUUUCGCAAAAAGAGAGAAAAUGUCUGGCUUGGACCGGAUUAAUCGCUGCGGCCGUCUGAUCGAGGGAACACGAAGGGGUUUUCUGAAAUAUUAUCUGAAAAAAUGCCCGACCCUGUUUCACAUUUGCUACGAUCCGAUCGGCACUCAUCGAAAAGCAAGGGCCUUCAUCGGGUUUCUCUUCGGAUUUCUUGCAGCUGUCGUGUUAUAUGAGGCCAUAAUCGUCGAUCUACAAUUUGACCCGUAUAUCAGCAUCUCUCUGGGAGCCAUCCUCGUCGUAAUGUUAUCGAUAGGAUGUGCAUCAUCGAUACAGGUGAGGUGUAUUUGUUUUUUGACAAUCCCAACUUUCCUCGGUCGAUCCGGACGUAAUGUUUUGAGAGCCCUCGUCUUAGGAUAUAUAAUUGCUGGACCGAUAUUCAAUUUAAUGUACAACGGUAAAGAAGUGAUGAGAACUUUUGCUUGUACGACGCAGUUAACGUAUAAUCUCACCCAAACGCGCUUUGAUCUCAUGUUUAAGCCUUUCCAACAGGCUGUGCUCGCCAUGCAAGCGGAUGCGAGCGAAUUGAAAGAUACUUUAUCUUCAGUGAGAGAUUUGAUGAGUCCGAUAGUCGAGGAAAUCGAAGGCGAAGAGGAGAUGAAGAGGUUGAAAGAGGAGAACGAUUAUUUGGACGAGCUUCAGGACGAUACGAAGCGAAGCGACGAGAUCGAGGAGAAACAUGAGAAAGAGAUUGCGAAGGCAAAGUCUGAAGCGGAUGUUUACGAGGCGAAGUACAAGAAGAAGAUCGAGACGCGUUGCGAAGAGCAGCUUAGCCGCGGUGCCGAGCGAUGCAGAGAUAUGUUCAGUGACGCUUAUGACAAGUGUUAUGAUACAGUGACGGUCUUUGCGGCCUGGCUGCUAUGCUGGCCAAUGAAACUCACGUUCGUGUGCAACUUGGUGCAAGCACUCGGUGGCUCCAACAUCUGUAAUCCCGAGGGAAAAGUAGAUUCCGGCAUCGGCGAGGGUUACGUUGCUUUAAAAAGAGCCAAAGAUACAUUCAGCAAAAGCCUCAAGGUGGCAAAAUUGCAAUAUAGAAUAAAGAAAAUGCCGGUGAUCCUUGAUCUUCAUGACGCCACAGAUGCUUCCCAGGCAAUAAUGCACGAAUUCAAUUCGCGCAGGAAAAUUUUGAAGUCAGUGAUGAUGAUUAUCAAGAGAUGCCUGUCCUUCGUUUUCUUGAGAAUCAUCGUGAAUGCUCAAACUUAUCACGAUAAAUAUCUCAACGACAUUGAACAUGACAACGUAUAUGUGACUUCGUACUUUCGGAAAAUCGAUGCAAGACGGAAGGCUCGCGACAGCUUGACUUUGCUUCCCUUGAAGAAGAUUGAAAGAUCGAAGUUCGUGGAUCCGUAUAGCCUGCGACCGAGUAAAAUCGAGCGGGUGCAUUUAACUGGUCAAACAGUAAAGUUGAUACUCGAGAUGAUCAGUGUGACAACGUUUAUAUUACUCGAUAGACUCUUUUUCGAGGUGCUCGAUUUGAUCAGGAGACAUGCUCAUAUGGAAUAUACUCAGGCGGGUCAUCAUGACAUGGUUUUGGAGGUUCGCGGAAUCGGAGUGAUAGCCUCUUUGAUACGUAGUAUCAUUCGUGGAUUCAACGUAAAGAGACGAGUAAAAACUGUGGUGUCCAAUAGCGCGUGUUUACCGAAACCUAGCAAAGUGCCAGAUCGCAUGAUCCUCAAGAUCUAUUCGAUUUAUUUCGGUGUUUGGCUGUUGCUGUUUACUGCCGCUUACACUCAGCGACUGCGACGCGUGAUCUGCUCGUUCUUUUAUAGAAAGCGAGAGAAGAGACGCGUGCUGUACCUUUACAAUGAAAGCCUGAGGCGCAGACUUGGACACGCCAGAUUUAUGCGAGCCAAAAUCAGAGCUCUGGUUAGGACUCGUCGGCUAGAAUACGAUAUGGAUUUAUGGAUAGCUGUGAGGCAGCGUUGGCCAAUGCUUUGCGGUUGGUUGGCAUUAUUCGCUCGGGCACGUCUUAAGUGUCUCGUCUGCGGUGAAGCAGAACCGAGGAAAGGUCCGCAAUUCCGCAGAUGUACAACACCGGGGUGCUUUUUCGUUCAUUGCUCCGAGUGCUGGAAAGAUGUCGGCGAACUGUGCUAUGCUUGUGCUGACAUCGAUGAAACGACAGAUGAUGAGACAGACGUUCCGAUAAUGCAAUAUUAAUAGAUUGUUGUUGUUCACAAAUGCCUUUGAUAUGGUACUCGAAUACUUUCUUUGUAAAUAAAUUGUGCCUUUCAAAAGUAUUUCUAUUAUUAUAUUAAGUUAUUGUUGAAUUUCGAGAUUAAAUAGAUACUCUUACUACUUUAUAUACAUGGAAAAGAUUUUAAAGUAAAAAUAAAAUGUGUUAUCGAGCGAAAGAUUCUGAGGCAAAAAUUUCUUUCGACAAAUGUUGAUUUAUGCAAUUUUUUAAUAGAUGCACAACUACUUUUAAACUUUUUAACAAUAUAUAUCAGUAAAAUAAUCAUAUAAUGUGCUUGAUCAAGGAUACAAUGAUUUAGCAGUAAUAAAAAGUUAAUUUGCAACUGUUUUUCUGAUCUUGCAAUGGAAUUAGCAUUUGUCGGAAAGUUUUUUGUCUCAGGUGGAAAUCUUCCGCUGGAUGACAAUUGUUUGUUUUUAUAUUAAAGUCUCUUCCACAUGUGUAAAGAUACGCAAUCAAAAUCCAAAUGUGAAGAACACAAAGAGGAUUCUGUGUACGAUUAGUAUAGUAACACAUAGAAUAUAUCAUGUAUGACGCAUCUAUAUUAUGACUAAUAUUUUAUUUGCAUGUGGCAAAUACGUAUGUUACAUAUCAAUUGGGUCGAGUUGCGGCUAGAAGGACGAUAAAGCAAUUA